GCAGUACACGAUGGAGUAGAGCGUGUUUGUAAAGUUUGAGUUCAGACCAAGUAAAGAUUUACGGAUCUAAUGAAAGUUUAUUUUAAGUUUAUCAUCUGUUGAGAAGACACCGCUCUGACAGACAGGCAGAGAGAAAGACAGGCGGAAAGACAGACAGGCAUAGAGAGAGAGAAGAGAGAGAGAGAGAAACACUCCAACAUCCAGGCGGAGAUACCGGGACGUCGCUGCGCUCCAAGCCGGGACAAGGAGCGCGACCGCCGGCAUGAAGGUCGAGUUCGCCCCGCUGAACAUCCCGCUGCGGAGGAGGCUGCAGACCGCCGCCGUGCUGCAGUGGGUCUUCUCCUUCCUGGCUCUAGCUCAGUGUUGUCUGGCUGCCUUCGUCCUCCUGGCUCUCUCUGAUUGGUGGGUGGUGGCCCUGCUGUAUGCUGGUUGGCUAUGGUUGGACUGGGACACGCCUACCAGCGGGGGUCGGAGGUCACGGUGGGUCAGGAGCUGGACGGUCUGGGAGUACUUCAGGGACUACUUCCCUAUAACGCUCGUUAAAACUGUCGAUUUGGAUCCAAAGAAAAACUACAUCUUUGGAUUUCAUCCACAUGGGGUGCUGGUGGCGGGGGGCUUUGGGAACUUCUGUACGGAGGCGACAGGUUUCUCUCGUCUGUUUCCUGGACUCACAUCUCACCUGCUGAUGCUGCCGUUCUGGUUCAGAGUCCCGCUCUUCAGAGACUACAUCAUGUGUGGAGGUCUGGUGUCCAGCUGUAAGUCCAGUCUGUCGUACCUGGUCAGUCGUCCUGAAGGAGGUAAUGUUGCUGUCAUCGCGGUGGGCGGAGCUCCAGAGGCUCUGGACGCUCGGCCGGGAGCUUUAACACUGCAGAUACGAAACAGGAAGGGCUUCAUUAAACUGGCUUUCAAACACGGAGCUCAGCUGGUUCCAGUGUUUUCUUUUGGAGAAAACGAGUUAUUUGAUCAGAUGGAGAAUCCCAGCGGCUCUUCUCUUAGGAUGCUGCAGAACCGGCUGCAGAGCAUCAUGGGAGUAGCACUGCCUCUAUUUCAUGCAAGAGGAGUUUUCCAGUACAGCUUCGGCCUGAUACCCUACAGGAAGUCCAUACACACUGUCGUGGGAAGGCCAAUCUCGGUUGCCCAGACUCCCAGUCCCAGCAGCAAGGACAUCGAGAGUCUUCACAAAGUUUACCUGCAGAGUCUGACUGAGCUGUUCGAGCAGCACAAACACACCUACGGCUACAGUGAGGACCAGCACCUGACGUUCAUAUGACCUCACCUGUACCACCUGGUUAUCACCUGUAUAUGAACUGUUUACAACACCUGGCCUCACCGUCACAUGACCGUCACAUGACCGUCACAUGACUGACAGCUGUUCAGGCGGUGGUUGUUAAACUGAACAGAACAAUGUUAACACUGUUAGCAGAGCUCAUUGUUUUCAUGGGUAAUGCUAAGGUCUCUGUGUGUAAAGAUGAGUGUUUGAUGUGUUUCUAUGUAAUAAAGUGACAUCACAUGA